AGAAGCAGGGUCAUAGUUCUCUCUGAGUGAGACUUUUCUGCUUCUCACACCUGGUCCUCUCUUUUUCUGCAACAUGUCAUGUCUGUGGCUCCCUGGAGUCACCUGGAUGGCAGCUCUGAAAGUGACAGUGACGGUGCUGAGCCAUCACCUGACUUUAGCCAGGGACACUAGACCGCGUUUCCUGGAGCAGCAGAAGGGUGAGUGUUCUUUUUCCAACGGGACGGAGCAGGUGCAGUAUGUGGCCAGAUACGUCUAUAACCGGGAGGAGUACGUGCGAUUCGACAGCGACGUGGGGCAGCACCAGGCGGUGACCGAGCUCGGGAGGGAGGUCGCCGAGUACUACAACAGCCAGAAGGAGAUCCUGGACAAGAUGCGGACCCAGGUGGACACGGUGUGCAGACACAACUACAGGGUGGGCAGGAGCUUCACUGUGCAGCGACGAGGUGAGAGGGCCAAGGGCAG